AAAUUAACCCCAUCAUGUCCAGCGAAGAAGCUAGCCCGACCCUGUCUCCUGCUCCCCCUGUUCCCACUGGACGUCCUCCCAAAGUGAACAACCGAGGCCGCUCCUCAGGCCCCAUCGCCAGCUCUAACUCUGACACAACAGACAUUCCAGAGGUGGAGUACUUUGGUGCUCCUGGUCCCAGAGGAUAUCCUCCCAUGACAAAUUUCCUGGACAUCUGGGAUGUGGACAUGAUGAAGAUGCCCGAUGGGACCAAUAAAACUGAUCACCACACCACGCUGUACAACUCAGACUAUCUCAUUGUUCGACGAGGACAAGAGUUCCAAGUCAAGAUCACCUUCGAUCGUGCCUACAAACCCAGCGAGGACAAGUUUGCUCUGGAGUUUGUUAUUGGUUCCAYCCCAGAGUACAGUAAGGGCACCUACGUUCCUGUCUUUCCUACCAGAGACCGUCAGAGCACCUGGGGAGGCCGCAUCACAGAAAACAAUGGCAGCAUAAUCACCAUGGGUAUUACUCCUGAUGCAAACUGCAUCGUGGGAAAAUAUCAAAUGUAUGUGGCCGUGCAGACGCCAUUUGGCAUCCGCAGGACCAAGCGGGACAACAGUCGAGAUCUUUACAUCCUCUUUAAUCCUUGGUUGGCAGAUGAUGCUGUGUUUCUGGAGGAUGACAAAGAGAGGGAGGAGUGUGUGAUGAAUGAGAUCGGGAUCAUCUAUCAUGGAGCCUACGACGACAUCGCUGAGAGAAACUGGAACUAUGGACAGUUUAACUAUGGAGUGCUGGAUGCCUGUCUGUACAUCAUGGACAGAGCUGGGAUGCCCAUCACCAACAGAGGAGACCCCGUCAAGAUUACCAGAAUAGCCUCUGCCAUGCUGAACUCUCAUGAUGAUGAAGGUGUGUUGGUGGGGAACUGGACUGGUGACUACACCUACGGCGUGGCGCCCACUUCCUGGACCGGCAGCACUGACAUCCUGCUCACCUACGCCAGCAGCAAGAUGCCGGUCUGCUACGCUCAGUGCUGGGUCUACGCUGCUGUCUUCAACACCUUCCUGCGCUGUCUGGGUAUUCCAGCUCGAGUUGUCACCAACUACUUCUCUGCCCAUGACAACAACGGGAACCUAAAGACCGACAUCAUCCUGGACGACAACGGCAGAAUUGAUCGAAACCGCACCAAGGACUCUAUCUGGAACUAUCACUGCUGGAACGAGUGCUACAUGUCAAGACCAGACCUCCCUCCAGGUUUUGGUGGUUGGCAGGUUGUUGAUGCAACACCACAGGAGACCAGUGAUGGCCUGUACCGAUGUGGGCCUGCAUCUGUCCAGGCUAUCAAACAUGGACAGAUCUGUUACCCAUUUGAUGCUGCCUUUGUGUUUGCUGAGGUGAACAGCGACUGUGUGUUUUAUUCUCGGAAGAAUGAUGGGACCCUGCAGACGGUCAAAGUGAACCGGACUCACGUGGGUCGCAUGGUUCUGACCAAAGCUGUGGGAAACGAGACUCGUCGCGACAUCACAGAUCAAUACAAGUUUUCUGAAGGGACCCCAGAGGAGCGAACGGUCCUGGAGAAAGCAGAGGAGUAUGGCUGCAAACAGGAGAAGUCCAACCCCCCUCUGGCUGACGUGGAUGUGGUCCUGCCAACCCUGGAGGUCGGCAUUGGUAAUGAUUUCGAGCUGAACCUCGAGUUCAUCAAUCAGAGCGAGCAGCGGCGCACAGUGGAGGCCUACGUCAGUGGGAGCGUGGUGUACUACACUCUCUCUCUCUCAUUUUACUAUUUUUAAAUGAUAUAGACACAUUUUUGUCUAAGAUAAUAGUYAAGUUAAGUAUUUAUCCAAAACUGUUACUAAAAAUGCUACAAAAAUGCAGCUGUCAGACACAGACACUGAACAGACCCUAAAAAAACAAACAAACAAAAAAAGGUCAAAAACUAUAAAGCAAUGAUGAUUUUCUCAUUUAUUAUCAGUGGAUUUAAAUGAUCUGUUUGAACUUAUUUUUUCAAAGUAAAUGACAUAUCUUGAUUAAUCCCGUACAAAUAAAAAUGUACUGCUACAGCUGCAUUUAAAUGUGUUUUUAUAAAUGAAUUGUUCCCUUUCUUUUGAACAAUAAAGGAUUAAGUACCACA